UGUGACGUCGAGGCUGACACUUGUUGAUAGUACGAGUAGUCGGUCGUAGUUAGUUUGUUCAUCGUUGAGUGAUCGGCAGCUGUAAUUGUUGCCUUGCCAAGGGAUCGAUUUUCGGAUUUUAUAAAACCGAGGCCAAACCCCGAUCACGGGUUCGACCGAAACUCGCUCGACUGUCAAGCCGAAAAACCCCUUGGGAAAAAGAACGCAAAGGCAGUUCGCGAAAUGCCUUACUACAACAGCGGAGGUCACGGCACAUCGACCUACAACAAAGAUGGAGGAUCCGGCGGUUCUCCGAGCACCUCGGGAGCCGUUGGAACCGGCUCGGAACCGACCUAUCUGAUGGAACAUUUGGCAACGUUCACGGUGACCAUCGAGACCGGUAUAGUCUAUCCCGCGGACGGGAUGAGGCGGCUGCUCCAGCUCGAGAAGAGCAACGGUAUCUGGAGUCAGAAGAUGCAGCUGAGAUUGGAGCGUUCCUGGGUUCUGAUAAUGGACAACGAGACCGGGGCAGUGAUGGAGAGAUUCCCGGCGUCGCUGAUACAGGAACCGACGGCGUUCACGUCCCGCGAUCCCAUGGAGAUGUACAAUAACAUUUUAGUGUUCACGGUGGCUGACGACAGCGCGUCCGGUCAACGCGCCGAGAUGCACAUAUUCCAAUGUCAGAGUAUAUCGGCACAGGAUCUCGUCGAGGAUCUGAAGAUGCUGCAAAUGGGAAAAUUGGUGCCCGGAGGAUCGCCGAGGGGACCCAGAGGGCACAUACCGCCGCCGCCGGCCCUUCCGCCGCCCGAACCGCCCCUCAACGGCGUCAACGUUCGCGAACAAGUCUCGGCAUUCAACGCGGCGAACAACGACGCGUCGAACGACAUCUCCAGGGAGGAGAACAUCGACGAGGUGUCGUCAACGUCGUCGGAAAAGUACGAGAGGGACGUGACCAUCCUCAACCACUGUUUCGACGACAUAGAGAAGUUCAUUGCGCGUCUUCAGCACGCCGCUGCCGCGUCCAGGGAGCUCGAACGUCGCAGGCGCAACCGGAAGUCGAAGAAGAGAAAUCUGGGCGACGGCAUGCUCACGAUGCGAGCCAAACCGCCGCCGGAAAUGGAGUUCGUCGACAUAUUCCAAAAGUUCAAACUCUCCUUCAAUCUGCUCGCCAAACUCAAGGCCCACAUCCACGACCCCAACGCCCCCGAACUCGUUCACUUCCUCUUCACGCCGUUGGCCCUGAUCGUCGACGCCUCCCACGACACUAACUACGACCCCAACCUUCCGAACAAGGUCGUCUCCCCGCUGCUCACGCGCGAGGCGGUCAACCUACUGAUAAACUGCGUGACCAGCAAGGAGACCGAACUGUGGCACUCCCUCGGGGACACCUGGCUCAUCCCCAGGGAUCAGUGGAAGGGACACGUGCCCCUCUAUCAUCCGAUUUUCAUGGACGGCUGGUCGCCGGAGUACCCCAUACCGGAGGACCGCGAUCACGAUCACCUCGCGUCCCUCUUGAACGCGGACAAACAGAAGAGGGACGAAAUACCGGAGCAACAGAACAUCAACGACCCUUACUACAAUCACAGGGACGUCGACGAGUCGCACUACAGCAGCGAUUACCUCGAGUACGAAGGUGGUAGGGAGGAGCGUCCUAGCAACGAUUAUUUCGACCGAAAUUACGGCCCGCCGUCGGAACUCUACGGGCGGGAGGAGCGCGAGAGGGAGAGGGAGAGGGAGAGGGCGGAACAGACCAGAGCCCACAGCGAGAUAUCGCUGGACUCGAUCGAAAGGGGACCGCGAGGCGUCGGCGUCGAAAGGGCCCAGGAAACGUGGCUCGACGAGCUUGUCUCGCGACACGCGAAAAUCGUUCAGGUCACCUAUCCGAGAACGGCGAACAACGACAAGGAACUGACCGUAGUCAGGGGUGAGUAUCUCGAGCUCCUGGACGACAGCAGAAAGUGGUGGAAGGCGAGGAACUCCAAGGGGCAAAUCGCCCACGUUCCCCACACGAUCGUCACACCCCACAACGCCUCCGCCCAGUCGGGGGACAACGACGUUUUCAACAAUCCACUGUACACCAGCAGGUACCAACGUCAAGGUCACGGAUACAACUACGAGGAUUCGGAAGUCGAAGGGACGAGCACCAGCCCGGGUCCCGACGCCUCGCACCGUCCCCAUGCCAUACCGCCUCCCGCGCCAGCUGACUGGGUCAGAAAAGAAAGGCUCGGGAAAAAAGAUGAGUCCAGCGUGUCGAGUAGCAGCAGAAAGAACAGCGUCGCCGCGGAUGACACGUCGAGCACUCCGACGGAGAGUUUGAGUUUGAAAAACGGUAGCGCUUGGCAGUCCGACUGCAAUUCGAGCGCUAGUUCGACUUCGACUUCGGCUUCGAAUUCGAAUUCGAAUUCGAAUUCGAGAGCGCUGAUGAUAACCGCGCCGCCCCCUCCGCCGCCCCCGCCACCGUUGCCCGGCUCUAAUUCUACGUUAAAAAAAUCGGCCACCAUGCCGGGAGUUACGGAGGCCAACAGAAGCGGGACGACGAAGAGCAACAAAUCCGUCGGGUCAGGGAUAAGCAGCCAGGACCAGAUGCAAGAGGAGCUCAAGUACGUCCUGACCAUGUUCAUGGAAAAGAGGCGAAAUCACGACGUGCCAAAAACACCCGACGUUUACAUCGAUCAACGUUCUUCACCUAGUCAAGUCCAAAAUUGGCUGAGGGCGAAUAAUUUUUCAGAGAAGAUUUGCAGGCAAUUCAGAGGCAUGGCUGGCGCGGAAUUAUUUUCCCUGUCCAAACGUCAACUGGAGCAAUAUUGCGGGCCAACCGAGGGAAAGAGGCUGGAGGAGCAGAUCAUCUUGUCUCGAAACGCGACGGGGUACAAAACCGUGAGAUCGACCGAACUCAAGGAAAUUUUAGAAAAAGUUCGUCAAAAAGCUAAUGCGGAAGAUUUAGAAAAUUGAGUACAUCGAGAGAAUCACAACGAAUACUUGCGCGUGUACAUAUUUCGGCGUAUCUAUGUACAUAAUAAAUAAUAAUCUUAGUGAUAAUAAAAAUAUUGAUAAUAAUAGUAAACGAUUGUCUGAUUGAUCGAUGAUUUAUUUUAUAAAAAAAUCAUGUGUCGUUACGUUGUGUAUAUUGUUAACGUUAUCCUUGUUAUAGCUAUAUUGUUAUUCUAAAAUUGUCCCUCUAUAUAAAUAAAAGAAAUCUUGUACCAAAAACAAA